AUGGGUGCGGCACAUUCGUUCAUAUCUUUUGAUUGUGCUAGAAAGUUGAAUCUUGAAGUGUCUUCCAUGGUUGAGAGUAUGGUCAUUGAUACCCCAACUAAUGGUUUAGUGACUACUUCGAAUGAACUGGUUGGAGUUCAACGUGUGUAUAUCAAUUGUUUCGACAAGUCCAUGUUGUUUCUAGAGUUCGAAGAAGGUAAUGAUCUGAAGUUUAUGUCUGGUAAUCAAGUGAAGGAAUCCUUGAAGAAUGAUGCUUGGGUGUUUAUGAUGUUUGCCUCUUUGAAGGCUGAAAGCAAAGCUGUGAUUGGUGAUCUACCAGUGGUACAUGAUUUUACAGAUUUGUUUCCAGAUGACGUUAGUGAUUUUCCUCCAAAGCGUGAGGUUAAGUUCGCCAUAGACUUAGUACCUGGUACUAGUCUUGUGUCGAUGACACCAUACAUAAUGUCUGUAUAG